AUGUCUGGACAACAGUAUCCACCAAUGGCUUUCGAUCAUUCAUGGACUGCUUAUCAAGCUGCUCUAACUUACAGCGCUGCUGGCGUCUACAAUCCCGGAAACUAUGAUUUCACUCGCUCACCAAACACAUCUGGAGGAUCUGAUGAGUCUCUUGAGAGUCGUAUCGAUCCAAAAAGAUCUCCAAAGUACGCUGAGAAGAGAAAGAAGAAUAAUGAAGCAGCGAAGAAGUCGAGAAAGCAAAGAAAGGAAAGAGAAAUUGGAUAUCAGAAGGAAAAUGAAGUGCUGAAGCAGAAGAAUCAGCUAUUGGAAACACAGAAUCAGGAACUUAUCGCCCAGUUGAAGAAUAUGAACAUUGCAAUGCGAGAGAUGAUCGCUGAACGUGACAGCUUAGGACUAUCCAACAAUGCCAAAUUCCAAGUCCAACACGCCCCACACGCCCUCCGAGAUCUCACCAAUUCCAACGACUUCAAUCUUCCGAAAUACGAGAAUUUAAUCCAAACAAGUUCUUCACGUCAUCAACCAAAUUCUCAUAGAAACUCCAACGUGUCGUUUUUAGAUUUUGGUGUCAGAAAUCCACGUACCAGAUCGUUAUCUAUAAAUUCUCUAGUACCCCCUCAUAACAACAGUUCGAAUCGAUUCAACACUCGUUUCGCUAACGAAUUGGUUAUUGCUCAAUCAGCCAGAAUCUUUGCAAAGAGGAGAACCUCCGAGCAUCAGACAAUGGUCACAAUGAAAGGUUACACCUCUUCGCUAACUCUCCUUCUUCUUCUCAUUCCCUCACCAGGAUCCACACAAAGCACACCACCUCCUGUUGGAGAUACUACAAACAAAGACUAUCUUCCACCUGAACCGUGGCAACUUUUAUUACCAGUCACGGCCGGAACAUUCAAACCUCCCACCGAUCUCACAAAGUUUAACACGUUUGGACAGUUCAAGGGAUUCAGCAGAUGCGGAAAAGUUCAAGUUACCGGAAGCACACUGGACCUUCCUAUAGAUGAAACUAAUGGUCUCACACUCGAAUGUUAUCCACAUCCGAUGAGAGUUCUUUACGUAAAAGAUCCCAGCCCACUCGGACAAAUAACUUCUGGAGCUGUGGACUUUGGGACAUGUCAAGGAAUUCAACUGUGUAACACAAAGGCCAGUAUCUCGGAUGUCAAUCAUGGAGGUACAACGAAAAAAUUGGAACCAGCGAAUUCUAUAGAUACACUGAAAAUGAAUGACAACUUGUGUCCCGGUAGAAAUACAAACAACAUUCUUUUGACAAAUGAAUUGGGAUGUUCCAACCCAACAGGGAUUCCUGAUCUGAAGGAUGCUGUCGUCCCAGAUGUAUACAGUGUUCCGAGAUGGGAUACGAAUGACGAUGGACUUUUCGAAAUAAUUCGAUCUUUCACUUUAGAAGGAAUUGGAAAGAAGUCUGACGUGUUUCACAGAACAAACUCAUUUAUAACUCUGCCAAAACAAGAUACAUGGACCACGGAUCAUGAAUGGAAGCCGUGUACAGCCGCAUGCAACAUGGGACAUAUUGUUAAAAUGAAUAUGAAGAAAGGAGGCGGUUGGAAGACAACUAUUUAUUUGAAACCUAAAACUAAGGCAUUCAAAGUUUGCAUUGAUGCCCAGGGACACGAUUCCGAUUCAGUCGCCCCGAAGUGCAAACCAAAGUUCGAAUUGUUCAUUUUGCCACUCAAUGGUCUUGUUAUUUGGCCAAAGAACGGGCGUGCUUCGGUUAUUGAAUUGAGAAGUCCAGGUUUGACAACAGAACAUUAUGCAAUUGAGUUUGGCUUUGGAUACGGAAAGAAAGAUAACGGAGUGUUACCUUCUGAGUUCUACGUGGCCAACAUGUUCCGUGAAGUCGUUGUUUCUGAUUCUGAUGGAUACAAAAUGGAUGAAGCAGCAAGAAUCUCUUUCUUCUUUGAGGAGUCCGACGAUUUGGCACCAUUUGGUAUUUACUCUGCGCAAAUCGAAGCCGGAAAAACAUAUAUUGAGAAGACUAAAGCUGACCAAGUCAAAGAUAAAAAGGUGUUAAGUGCGAAAGACGGCGAGAAAGUCGCGGAGGGAAAAGAGUCACUUGCGAGUCCACAAGACGAUCCUCCAAAAGCACUCGUCGCAACAACAACUCCAUCAUCAAAACGACUGGCGAGUAAUGCGGCUGCCGGAGUACUUCUUCAACAAUCUGAUAACAGUAGUGAUGCAAUUUACAUGCCUGGAAAGUGGUGGGCUUGGGGACUUUACAUUGGAUUUAUCAUUGGAUCAAUUGUCGGAGUUGCUAUAAUUGGAGGCAUCUUCUAUGUUUUGAGACGGACUGUUUAUGGAUUCUGGUACCGUGGUAUGUACAAACGAUACGGAUGUGAUGCUUCUGGAACAACUGGAGGAAUAACUGGAGUUGGAUUUGGAAACACGACAACUGGGGCCAUAACGGUUGGAGGAACAACUGGAGGAGGUACAACUGUUGGAAGAACUGGUGGAACGACGGGUGGAACAACAAGUGGAACAACUGGAGGAACAACUGGAAGUAUGACUUCAACUGGUGGUGCAAGUACAAUUGCAAUGUAA